AUGGGUGGUAUUUCUGAAAUAAAUAAGAAACUAGUGGUGCAGCUUCGCCAAGAAUUAAGAAUAGUAUACCUCAUAUAUCAUAGGAAUAAGAACCAGCACGGGGCGACUGUAUGGUGGAAACAGCUAAAUAUUUUGAAAAGGAACGUGGCACAGGCUGUACGUAUAAUUGAAGGCUUGGUUUUUCGAGGCGUUUGCCAUGAUAAACAGUUAUUGAAGCUUCAUUCGUUGUUGUAUUCGAUUUUGAAGUUACAGAUAAAGAAGAUGUACUAUGAUUUCAAUGGUGUAAUAUCUUUGGGACAGUUUGUGACGUUGGGAGUAGUACUGAUAGGAAAUUUGGCACGUAUUUAUACGGUAUACAUGCACAUUUAUGAUACGUUGGAAGAAGAUUUCCGUAGGAUUGGAUGCAUAAAGAACAAUACCAGUUCUGUCAACCCUGGGAUGUCCGACAACGAGGUACGGGAAGCUUUGGAAUCUAUAGCUGACGAAGAGAUAGGGGAAGAAAUUGGCGAAGAUCUGGAAACAAUGGCGAUUUUUAAAAGUACAGAUGACAACUCAAAAGUGCUAGCUGCCAGCGGGAAAAAGGACAAUAAAUACGGUAAAAAGAAAAAGCAAAAGAAGAAGAAGUCAGCUAUUGAUGAUCUAUUCGGUUGA